AUGUCCACAAAACUCCUCUUCAAAAAAGACCAGCCCGUACAUUGGAUCCUCGACUGGGACGGCACCAUCACCAAAAGAGACACUCUAGACGCGCUCGUCAGUAUAUCGGCAGCAGAAAAACCUGACUUCCCCACCAUGGACCACUGGAAAUCCGUCUCACAAGCAUAUAUGGACGACUACACCGCUACACUGAAACAGCUCAUUCCAACCGGCGCUCUCCCGAUAACCAUAGUCGAGGAAAAACAGCUCCUACUUAGACUGAAACAAGUAGAGCAGCGCAGCCUUGACCGCGUACACUCAUCUACUAUAUUCACUAAUUUUACCCAUCAAGGCAUCGAAUCAGGAGCCAAGCAGGUCAUAGAAUCAGGCCAGGUGCAACUUCGCACUGGUUUCCCUUCCUUCUUCAAGCACAUCCAGUCACGUGAGGGUGACGCUUUUGCCAUUCUGAGUGUGAACUGGUCUCGCCAUUUCAUUCAUUCCUGCCUUGCCGCAUCCAAGAUCAGCGUAGCCUCGCACGCCAUUCUGUCCAACGAGCUCGACGGCAUAUCCGCUGGGGUGCCCUCGUCUGGUCGCAUCGUCGCUGCAGGUUCGCGAGAACCGGACCCCAUUGUAUCCAGCGGUGACAAACUGCAAAUUUUUGAGCAAAUGCACGAGGUAAACGCGCACAAAGUGUACAUUGGUGAUAGUUGGACGGAUAUCGAGUGUCUGCUAGCUGCAGACCUUGGUAUCUGCAUCCGCGAUGAUCCUAUGGGUAGCUCGCAGAAGACGCUUGUCGAGGCGCUGACGAGGCUGGGAGUGGCAUGCCCAAGGUUGAAAGAUCGGAGGCAGCAUAACGGGUGUGGUGUCGUAUGGGCCAGGGACUUUACAGAAGUGCUUGAAUGGAUGGAGAAUGGUUUGCAGUAA